UUCCGCCACUUUGCUGCCGCUCACCCACACACGCGGCUGUCCCACGUCCCCGCGGAGCGAAAGAGCCUUCCGCGACGGCUGGGCCCGGUUCAAGCCCUAGAACAGCUCGAGGUCCGGCAGAACAGGAUCCAAAGAUCUGGGGUUUGUUGGGGUGCCGGGAACUGGGGCUGCUGAGCGACUCUAGACGCUCGGGACGAUUCUUCGGGGGCGGGGAGCCACGACCGUUAAAAGGGCCCUAAGAGCGCCCUCGACGCACGGUGGGCGAGCGAGAAGCAAGCGCGCUUCGCUCUUGGCAACUGACGGGCAGCCCAAACUCUUUGCGGGGCUCCUCCUGGCAAGGGACGCCUCGAGGCGCAAGCCCGGCCUGCCCCCUUUCCUUUCCAGCCCCGUGGCGCCUUUCCCCCCCGGGCUCCACCCCUCCGGCUGCUCUUUGAUUGGGUCCUCAGGAGCUUCGCCCGGGAGGCAGGUCGGAAGAGGCUCUGAUCGUAGCCGAAACUUUCAGAGGAGGAAGGAAGUGCCUGCUGGAUCUGGUGCCGGCUGGCCUGGGCAGUCCUUGCAAACGGGGCAUUCCAAGGAGCAGCGGGAGAUCCGGCGCCGUCUUCCUCCCCCCGCUUCCCUCUGGACGGUUGGAGCUCUCCAGGCGUCCCCUUGAGUUGGCAUGCAAGCCCAGGAGCCCCAGAAGGAGGAGGAGGAAGAGGAAGAGCAGGAAGGCGGGGAUGGGCCUGACAGCCCUUUCAAGAAGAGCCCUUUCCAGCUGACUGCCGAAGACGUCUAUGACAUCUCCUACAUCCUGGGCAGGGAACUCCACAGGCUCAACAGCGGGCCCCACAUGGCGGUGGCCCCGCGGGUGGCCCACCUACAGUUCAAGAUAGUCAGCAUCCUGGAGAUGCUGGAGACGCUGGUGAACGAGAACAACCUGGCGGUGGAAGCCCUGAAGAUGGAGAGAGACAGCUUGAAAAGAGAGGCCGAGGGGCUCAGGAAGCAGGUGGCCAGCGGAAGCAUGGAACAGGUAAACCUCGGCCCCAACAAGAUGAUAAUUGACCUCACAGAUGCGAACCGUCCCCGCUUCACACUGCAAGAACUGCGGGAGGUGCUCCAGGAACGCAACCAACUGAAGGCCCAGCUGCUAGUGGCUCAGGAAGAGCUACAGUGCUACAAGAGUGGCCUUGUUCCAGAAAAGCAAGACUGGACUGAGCCACUGCAGAAGGGUCCAAGUGUGGAAACCACUUCAAGGUCUUGUCAAGGAAGAGAAGAAAAGGCCACUAUCAAGCGACUGUUUGCUUUUAGAAAGCCCCGAUGAGGAACCCCCUCAUUGCUCUUUGAAGAUGGGAAGGAAAAUAUGAACCAAAUACUGCAACGACUGCACUAGUUGAACAACGUGCUGAUUGUGAACAGCUGCAGGAAGUUUUGAGAGUUGUGUUUCUAUGCACCCUUUUCUCUUUCUGAUGUUCUUGGUGCUGUAGAACCUCUCUUGAGCAUGUUACAAGGGUCACCCUCCUACUGGAAAUUCUUGUCUGUCUACUACAAAGAGCAGAAUAAAGUCAUACAGUUCUGUUUCUAGAAUCCUUUUGAGGUUAUUUUCAUGCUCUUAAUAUAGAGACUUAUUGUUUUUUGUUUACUGCAAUAACUGUGUUGUAUCAGUUGUUAACUGUAUGUUAAAAAUCUCAGUGAAAAGCAUUAAAAUCAUUUUGCAGA